GUCCUCUCUCUCUCUCCUUAUUUUUCUUCUUCUCCUAUCUAUCCCCCAUACCUUUCUCGGCAAUUUGGCUAAGAUUUUUGGAGGUCUCCUUCGACGGCAAGAGAAUACGAACGCCCUUCCAUGGACUUCCUGUUGGUUUGCAUCUAAUGGUAAAAGCAAAGCACAGGCGGCUGGCAGCAAUUGCCAGAAAUAAAGAUAAUGUUCUUGGUAGCCUGGUUGAUGCUUCCAUCUCUGGGACUGAUGAAGAAGAUAGUUGGGUGAUAGUUAAGAAGCAGAGGAUUACCAUCCUUGUUCCUCCUUUAUCAGCACCCAUUAAUUCUAAAACCAGAAGGCUUCGAACGAAUAAAUUACUAGCCAAGUCCAAAAAAACGGCUAAAUGCAGAUCGGUAGUUCAAGUUGAAAAACAUCCUUGUAUGUCUUCAGAGGAUGGACGGAAGAAACCCUCUCCACUAGCUUCCAAUGAGAAUGUUCAAAUUGAUGGAAGAAGUCUUGCCUGUCUACCUGAUCCUGAAAAAGAAAAGUUACAACCGACUGCUACAACCAAAAGACUCCGAACAAAUAAAAUGAAAGUUAAGCCCAAAAGAAUAGUGAAGUGUAGAUCACUGGUCCCAGAUGAGACACAUCCUAGCAAGAAUUUAGAGGAUGGAUGGGAGAAAACCUCUGCACUAGCUUCCACAGUGGAUAUUCAAAUCGAAGGAGCAACUCUUGCCCUUCGACCUGAUUCCGUAGUAGAUAUGUUACCUCAGCCAGCUACCACAGCAAGGUUGGAUGUGCCAGAUCGACUUGUUCAAGAAUCAUUAAUGCAACCACCAAGUUUAGAUUUUAUUUAUGAAGAAAAUAUGCUUGAUACAUUUAGAUCCUUGAAAACAACAGGGGCACCAAGAGUUUCUGAUGAAAUGAAGCAGCCAUCUCUUCCUUCAUUUCCUUGUGACGAACAUGUGUUUGGCACCUAUACACCAUUGAAAUCAGUAGUACCACCUACGGUUUCUGAAAAUAUUAAGCAGCCAUUUCUUCCUCCAAAUGCUUGUCAUGAUGCAGUUGGCUGCGUGCUCAGGGGUUCACUGCAGAAUCGAAGGAUGCGGGCCUUGAACCUUGAGAGGAAGCUGGAAAGCGCUGGUGGGUUGAGUAAGUGGUUGGUGAUGCAGGGUCUGGGACAAUUUGUACAAAUCUUUCGGAGAAAAAAUGUCAAUAAAUUUCAGUUGGUGAAUCUGACCAUGAGCAAGCUCAAAGAUAUGGGUGCAGAUGCAGUGGGUCCCAGGCGAAAACUAAUACAUGCCCUUGAUUGUCUCUGUCAGCCAUACCAGUUUUAAGAUUUAUAGAUGCACCAAUGGUUCAGAGUUAAUAUUUUGCAACCAGUUGGAUUUGAUGGACCGAAGAAGUUAAGGUUGCUGCUUUUUGAUGGAGAUUUGGUAGGUGAAUCAAAGUUGCUG